AUGUAUGUUGUGGAUUAUAGUGAGGAGAAUGAGGGUUACCGUUGUUUCCAGCCCACCGACCCGGCAAUUGGUACUGCGUCGUCCUCGUCCUCCCUCACUUCCACACUUGACUCCGGAGCUUCUCGCUCCUUCUUUCGAGACCGCAACUACCCUUACGCCGCUCGGCCGGCCGGUUUGCGGUCUCCCUUGCUGACCCCCUCUGGGGGUCCUGUCCUGUCUCACUUCUCCACUGUCCUCCCGUGUCCCGGCUGCCCCUUCGGGCACCCUGUCGGGUCUGUACCUUCCCUCGUUCUCUACGAACUUGGUGAGUGGAGCGGACCUGCAGGAUGUGGGGGUUCACCAGUUCACUCCUACGAGUCAGCGGGUGACCCACUGCACGGAGGCACGCACAGGGCCGACACCUGCCACGUGGCUGCGUCGGGUCAGGUGCUUGCUGCUGCUGCGUCCCGGUCAGGUCCUGAGUCUGCCCCCCUUUUCCUUGUCGCCUCCUGUCUCACGAGACUCUCCUGUCGCACCACCGUCUUGGCCACCCCUCCUUGCCCCGUCUUCGGAGCAUGGCUUCCCGUGUCCUUGUCCUCUGGUCCUUCCCCCCAGUCUCUCCCUCCUCUCCCCUCUGGGCCAGGACCUUUCCUGUGUCCCCCCUGUGUCGAGGGUCGCCUCCGGGCUACUCCUCACUCCCUCCACUUCCCCCCCCGACAGAGGCUCCCCUGCAGACGCUUCACAUGGAUUGUGGGGCCCAGCCCCCGUCCGUGGGCAGGGUUACGAGCGCUACUUUCCUGUUGGUGGUUGAACGACUACUCGCGUUACACCACAGUCCCUCCCUUGCACAGCAAGGGUGCGGUCACUGAGGUGCUGAUCGACUGGAUCCGCGAGGCUCGUCUCCCAUCCAGGAAAGAGCUUCGGCUCGGACUUUCCCUGUUCCUGCCGUCUGCACUCCGGACCAGAGGCGGAGAGUUUCUCUUCUCGCCUUCCUGCGGGACUACUUCCGUCGGCACGGGGGAUCCGCCAGACCUUCACGCUUUCCCGGACUCACCACAGCAAAAUGGGAUUGCUGAGCGCCGCAUUGGCAUGGUCAUGGAUGUUCGCUCGUUUGGCGAUGCGUCUGUGGUUCCGUUCUGGGGAUCUCAGAGCGUUUGUCCCGCGACUUGUCUGCGGACAAGUUUGUCCCCUCGUGCUGCUCCCUGUGUCUUCCUUGGCUUCCCCACUGACGCCCCAGGGUGGCAGUUUUAA